AUGUUUUGGAUGAAUCUCAACGUUAAAGUUCCGAAGAUACCAGGUGGUGGUGCCAUUUCUGCGUUGCUUAAGGUUGGGAUUAUCGGUGGGCUUGGUCUCUAUGGUGCCACACACAGUCUCUACAAUGUUGAUGGAGGACAUCGUGCCAUCAUGUUCAAUCGUUUAGUCGGUGUUAAAGAUAAGGUUUACCCUGAAGGUACACACCUUAUGGUUCCUUGGUUCGAAAGGCCGGUCAUCUAUGACGUUCGCGCUCCACCCUACCUUGUUAAGAGUACAUCCGGAAGCCGUGAUCUCCAGAUGGUGAAAAUUGGGCUAAUGGUUCUCACGCGUCCCAUGGCAGACCAACUACCUACAAUCUACAGGAGCCUUGGUGAGAACUACAGCGAGAGAGUUCUGCCUUCUAUAAUCCACGAGACUUUGAAAGCUGUGGUUGCUCAGUACAAUGCAAGCCAGCUUAUUACUCAGAGAGAGGCGGUCAGUAGGGAGAUCAGGAAGAUUCUGACUGCACGAGCAGCAAACUUCAACGUUGCGCUUGAUGAUGUGUCCAUCACGACCCUGACAUUCGGGAAGGAGUUCACGGCUGCUAUUAAAGCAAAGCAGGUGGCGGCUCAAGAGGCUGAGCGCGCUAAGUUCAUUGUUGAGAAAGCUGAACAAGACAAGAGAAGUGCAGUUAUCCGUGCCCAGGGAGAAGCCAAGAGUGCUCAGCUCAUUGGUCAAGCAAUUGCAAACAACCAAACUUUCAUAACGCUCAGGAAGAUCGAGGCUGCAAGAGAGAUUGCGCAGACAAUAGCAAACUCGGCGAACAAGGUGUACUUGAGCUCAGACGAUCUGUUGCUUAACCUACAAGGGAUGAAUUUGGAUGUGGAUGCAAAGAAGUAG